AUGGUCGAACUGUACACUUACAAAGCGGCCUCUUUGGUGAAACCGUAUUCGGUUCUGCUGGAGAAGCAUUCCGAGCUUCAUGCUGAAAAGGAUGCCCUCCAGACCGACAGGGAUACCCUCCAAGCUGAGCACGACAAGCUGGUUGAGGAUAAUAAGAAUUUGACCAUAUCCGCUGCUGCUUCAACAGCGUCUUUGGAGCAAUACCAGGCUGACAUGAAGCUUAUUUCGGACUCAUUCGGCCUUCAGGCAGAAAAGGAGGCCAUUAUAAACUUUGUCAAAGGAAAACUGUCGUCCUUAUCCGAAUUGGAGAGGAACAACGCUGCUUUGAAUCAGCAGGUCCAGAAGCUGGAGACUGAUGUCAAGAAUUUGCAAGCUGAUUAUGAUAAUAGUCAAUCCGUGCUGGAGAAUGCUGCUAAAAUUGCGUUCAACAAUGCCGUCAGUCAAAUCAAGCAUUUCAAUCCAGACGCGACCCUGAACACGGACCAGCUAGAUUGCUUUGGAUAUGUUUUGGGUGACACGUUCUUCCCGUCAGCUACGGAGACCGAAACCACCAACGAUGCACCUCCCCCCGGAAUUCGGUGA